AUGGCCGACGCAGAGCCGCGCAAGCGUUCACGCUUCGAUCAAAAGGAACCCGAGCCCAAAAGGGCCUCGCGAUUCGACCGCCGCUCGCGCUCCCCGACGACGAGCCGAACAUCAGAGACGCGAGAGCGCAGUCCGAUUGGCAGCAGCGAAAGCGCUGUCGACCCGGCCACCGCAGCUGCCGCCGCCGCCGCCAAGAUCAACGCGCAGCUCCAGGCUCGCAAGGGCAUUCAGCACGUCGACGUUCCCCCCAUCCUCGGCGCCACCAGUAAUGGCACGCCCGAGGCCAGCUCGACGGCCCCUGAAUCGGGGAAAGGCGCACCUGGCGCCCCGGGCGAGAUGUAUGUGUCGGACGGCGACUACAUCCAGGACAUUGAAGUCAAUGAUCUGCGAAAUCGCUACAUGCUCAUGAAGGCGCAGACGCAACAAUCGAUCCAAAAAGACACUGGAGCUGAUCUCACGGUUCGCGGCAAAUACUAUCCCAACAAGAGCAUGGCUACCGCUGCCGAACCCCCUCUGUACCUCCAUAUAACCGCCAGAACAAAAGAGGUGCUGGAAGCUGCUGUCGCCAAGGUCAACGAGUUGAUCGAGCAGGAGCUCCCCCAGCUUGUCGACGAACGCAGGUUCAAGCGUCGUGAGCGAGACCAGCCGGAAGGUGGUGAAGAGAAUGGCCGACGCAACAAGUGGCCGGAAGAGAGCAUACCCGUUGGUCUCGAGCCGGUCCCCGGUUUCAACCUGCGUGCCCAGAUUGUCGGUGCAGGCGGGUCCUAUGUUAAGCACAUCCAGCAAGAAACGGGAUGCCGUGUACAAAUCAAAGGUCGUGGCUCAGGGUACAUUGAACGAGACACUAACUUGGAAAGCGAGGAAGAAAUGUUUCUGCACGUUGCCGGUCCCGAUCCCGCCAUGGUAGAAAGGGGCAGAGAACUCUGCCAAGACUUGAUUGACAACGUCCGUGAGCAGUAUGAAGAGUUUAGAAGCCGCCCGCCGCGCCAGCAUGGCGAUCGUUACGGCGGUGACCGCGGUGACCGUGGCGACCGCGGCUACGGCGGCGACAGACGCGGUGGCUACAACGACCGUGGCGGUGACCACUACAGCGGCCGGGGUGGCGGCGGCGGCGACUCGUACUCCAGCUAUGGCAGGCAAAACUCGGAGAGCGGCCCUGCCAACGCCGCUGUUAGCACAGACACGACGGCCAACGCGGACUACAACGCGCAGUAUGCUCAAUACUAUGCCCAGGCGGCUGCUAACGGUCAAGAUCCGUAUGCUGCCUAUGGUGGCUACGCCAACUAUCUUGUCAUGUACCAACAGUAUUACGCUCAGUAUCAACAAGGGCAAGGUGGUGCAGCUCAGUCGCCAACACAAGCUCCCGGCGCAUCACCGCCUCCUCCACCCAGCGACUCGGCGCCGCCCCCUCCUCCUUCCAACGCCGCUCCUCCGCCACCACCGUCCGCAUCGCCUCCCGGCGCUCCCGGUAGCUACAGUGCUGUCCCUCCUCCUCCCGGUUUGUAG